AUGUCCAUCAAGCAACUCCAGAUAAUCGGCCAAGGCGGCCCCUUCGCCUUUGUCAAGGCACCGCUCCCCAAGCCCGGCGCUGGCGAGGUCACCGUCAAGCCCCGAGCAGUGUCCCUCAACGCUAUCGACUGGAAGAAUAUGCGUUUUGGGGCGACCAUUCCGGCCUGGCCGGCCGUUCUUGGCAUCGAGGGCGCCGGCACCGUCGAGGCGGUCGGGGACGGCGUCACAGCUUUCAAGCCUGGCGACGAAGUCAUGGCCUGGGUACAGAGGAGCCAAUUCAACGGCUCGUUCCAGGAAGUCUUCACUGCGCAAGCGGUUUCCGUGGGAAAGAAGCCAGGGUUCUUGAGUUUUGAGGAGGCCACCUCGCUUCCGAUCGCCUACCUGACUGCUCUCGCCGCCGUCAUCGUCGGUCUUCGGGUGGGCAUCCCCGGACUCUCCACUAACCACACUACCGACAACGAGCCCCAGUCCAUCCUGGUCCUCGGAGGCAGUUCCGGCGUCGGCGCUUCCGCCAUCCAGCUUCUCCGCAUCGCGCUGCCCUCGGCGACCAUUGUCGCGACCAGCUCCGCUGCCCACCACGCUCACCUGCGGUCCCUCGGCGCGAGCUCCUGUCUCCCGCGGGCGGCGCAGGAUGACGCCGCUGCCCUCAAAGCCGCCAGCCCCGCCGACGCCGGCUUCGACGCCAUCCUCGACGCGGUCGGUGCGGGCACCGGGUCCCCGGCCGUCUUCGACGCGCUUCGGGCCGACGGUCCCAAGCUCUACUCGCUGGUCAUCACCGGACCCGGCGCGCAGCCACCGUCUGGUGUGCAAUCCACCUUGGUCGGUGGUCAGAUGGCAGUCGACCAGGCGCCGGGCGCCAUGGCGUUUCUGGGAAAGCUGCUGGACGAGGGAAGGUUCAGAUUGCCGCAUCAGAAGAUCGACGUGCUGGGCAAGGGGCUCGAGGUCGUGGAAAAGAGCCUCGACCUCUUGCCAACGGUCAGCGGUAAGAAGCUUGUCGUCAGCCUGUAG